GAGGACUUAGCAAUCUCGUCCGCCUCAGUAUCCCAAAACCCUUACUUCCCUCUAAAACCCUAGCUCUCUCAAGAUUUAGGGGCUCUUCUCUUCAAACCCUAACCCUAAAUUGGAGCGAAGAUGUUGAGCAUUGUCCUACGUAGACGGAGUCUCGCAGCCGUUGAGACUCUGCUACGCCACCGCCACCAUUCAAUCGCCGCCACGGCUGCUUCAGCAGUCGACACUGUUGUAUCCGGAAAUGGUGGUGCCGGUGGUGAGGUUAAGUCCUUCUCCAAUACCGGGGUGCUUCAAAGGGAGAGCUCAUACGGUUUCCAUGUUAGAAGCUUCCACGCAAAAUCUGGGCGGUUGGAUUAUCGUGCCUCAGCGGUUUUGCAGGCUGAGUUCGCGGUCGAUGUGGACUCGUACGAAGAUUCGGCCAAAGGGAGUGGAAAUGAUGAGGGGCUUGAUAUUUCGAAGCUUGGAAUUGCACAGGAGAUUGUUUCUGCUUUAGCUAAGAGGGGUAUUUUAAAGUUGUUCCCUAUACAGAGAGCUGUACUUGAACCAGCAAUGGAAGGUCGUGAUAUGAUUGGCCGAGCUAGAACGGGAACUGGGAAAACUCUUGCUUUUGGAAUCCCCAUCAUGGACAAGAUAGUUCAGUUUAAUGCUAAACAUGGGCGUGGAAGGAAUCCAUUGGCUUUGGUUUUGGCUCCAACAAGAGAACUUGCUCGGCAAGUUGAGAGGGAGUUCCAAGAGUCUGCCCCCAGUUUGGAUACAAUUUGUGUUUACGGGGGUACACCUAUUUCAGCCCAAAUGAGGCAGCUUCAGUAUGGUGUAGAUAUAGCUGUCGGAACACCAGGUCGUGUUAUUGAUCUUCUCAAAAGGGGUGCCCUAAAUCUAACUGAAGUUCAGUUUCUUGUUAUUGAUGAAGCUGAUCAGAUGCUUCAAGUGGGAUUUCAGGAGGAUGUAGAGAGAAUCUUAGAGAGUUUGCCCAAGAAGAGACAGAGCAUGAUGUUCUCUGCAACUAUGCCUUCAUGGAUUAGAAAGCUUACUCAAAAUUAUUUGAAAACCCCUGUGAAUAUUGAUCUGGUUGGAGACUCUGACCAGAAACUGGCAGAUGGUAUUUCUUUAUAUUCAAUUGCAUCAGACAUGCAAGGAAAACCCUCAAUUAUUGGUCCACUAAUUACGGAACAUGCAAAAGGAGGUAAGUGUAUUGUUUUCACUCAAACAAAACGUGAUGCUGAUCGGUUGGCAUAUGCCAUGGCGAAAAGCCAUAGAUGUGAGGCGUUGCAUGGUGAUAUCUCUCAAAGCCAGAGGGAGAGGACACUCGCAGGCUUCCGAGAUGGGAAUUUCAAUAUUCUAGUAGCCACUGAUGUUGCUUCUCGUGGACUAGAUAUACCAAAUGUUGAUCUGGUAAUACAUUACGAGCUUCCAAACAAUUCAGAAAUAUUUGUUCAUCGAUCAGGCCGAACGGGCCGUGCAGGAAAGAAGGGGGCUGCUAUUCUAAUAUACACACACGACCAGAACAGGGCUGUCAGGUUUAUUGAGCGAGACGUGGGAUGCAAAUUUACAGAGCUUCCUAAGAUCGCUGGUGAUAGUACAAGUGUAGACAUGUUCGGGGACAUGGGAUUUGGAGGCAUGAGGGAUCGUCGACCCGGUGGUCCAGGGCGUUCUGGGUUUGGUGGCCGUCCGGGAUUUGGUGGCCGUUCUAGUGGCUAUGGUGAUUCUUCUCGUGGAUCUAGCUCUGGUCGUUUUGGUGACUUUGGUGACUUUGGUCAAUCUGGAGGUGGAUUUGGUGGAUCUGGCACAAAACGUUCAGGGAGCUUUGGUGGUUCUGGUUCCAGUCGCUCAGGUGGUUUUGGAAACUUUGGCUCUAGCCGCUCUAGUGGAUUUGGUGGGAAUUCUUUUGGCAGUGAUCCCCAUACUAGCCGUUCUGGGGGCUUUGGUAACGACAGGGAUGGUGGUAGCACGGGUCGAAGAUCCUUCUGAAUAUGUUAAAUGUAGGAAGUAAGCAAGUAAAUUAUCCGAACAAGGGGCUUAUUUUGAAAGGAUGAUCUGCUUUAGGUAUUACAAUGUAAAAUGGCUGGUAGAUGGAUUCUGCACCUUGCCUGGAAGUGCGAAUAGUUUUGGUCAUUCUGAAGAGUGAAAAGUAUCAGUUUUCAGAUCUUCUGCUGUUGAUAUGGUAAUGGUACGAUAUUAUAUUUUACUAUAUGAACGAAAAUAAUAUAUCAAAUUCUAAAUCUGAAAAUGUUUCUCAUGUUUGUAAUUUAUUCUUUUUAAGCAAUAUAUUUUUUAUUUAUUUA